AAAACGGUCGUCGUAUAUCGCCGAUGUCUCUCGCUCCAUCUUCCUCGUCUGUCCUUCAUCUUCUUCCCCCAAUUUCCCUAUAAAAUCGACUGCUAAAAGCUUCAAUUUUUUCCUCCGACGAUUGUCCAACCAGCAUUCGCAUGGCUUCAGAUUUUGCCCUGAAGGUUCCAGCUGAACUCGAAUCGGCUUUGCGGUUGAACGCGGUUCAGUACUACAUAACCAAGAGGCCGUGGCUUGAUCUUUAUGGAAUCAAUGUGAGACCUGUUGCACCGAUUGGAAGUACGAGUAGAAAAGUACAAGUUGAUUCAUCGCUUUUACACCGUUGCUUGCCGGAUGAGCUGCUGUUUGAGGUUUUUGCACGAAUGACCCCAUAUGACUUGGGAAGGGCAACUUGUGUUUGUCGAAAAUGGAGAUACACUAUCCGUAACCCUGUGUUUUGGCGCAGUGCCUGCUUAAAGGCUUGGCAGCUUUCUGGGGUGGUUGAAAACUUUAAGAUUUUACAAGCAAACUACGACACUUCAUGGAGAAAAAUGUGGCUUCUAAGACCAAGGGUUCGCACUGAUGGUCUGUAUGUGAGCAGGAAUACCUAUAUCCGUGCUGGAAUUGCAGAAUGGAAGAUCAAUAACCCAGUUCACUUGGUGUGCUAUUACCGUUACAUGCGAUUGUUUCCUUCUGGCCGAUUUCUCUACAAGAAUUCAUCUCAAAAACUCAAGGAUGUAGCGAAGUUCAUGAACUUCCGUGGAGCCAGGGCAGACUGUGUUUUCAGUGGCCAUUACACUUUGUCAGAUGAUAAGGUUGAAGCUGCUGUUCUGUAUCCAGGAAUGCGUCCUACUGUGUUGAGAAUCCGACUAAGGUUAAGAGGAACAACAACAGGAGCAAACAAUAGGAUGGAUUUACUGUCACUUGUUACAAGUGGUGUAAACAAUAAUGAGGUUGGCGGCCCUGAUGAGGAUAUCCUCGGGGUGGUUGAAGGUUGGCAGGACGAUGAGACUCACAACCCAGAUGUGCCGGCUGUCUCGCACAAGAGGGGUCUAACACCUUUUGUCUUUGUUCCUUUUGAGGAGGUAGAGACAUCAUUUCUGAAUCUGCCGGUGGAGAAGAUGGAUUAUUUUGUACCAGGCUGAUGCCUUAACAAAAGAGUAUCUGCUAUGUACAUACAUUGUAUAGUCAUAAGCUUAUAAGGACACUUCCAAUUUCUUUUACAAUGUUGAAUUGAAGCGCGACGGCAUCAAACAUGUUCCCAGUGUGUGCUCUUGCUUUUUUGCUUCUGGUACUGUCUUGUUGGAAUUUUAUGUACCGAAACAUAAAAGUUAUGCCGAAUAUGAGUUGUAUUCUUGUUUUCGCUUCUGGCGUUAACUGCAGUCUGUAUUACCGAAAUUUGAUGUACCAAAACAUAUAGUUAUGUCGAAUUGGGUUUGUUGAAAUCUGUUGAUAUAAAUGGAAACGAUGAAUAAGUGAAGUACUCUUCCAGUGUAA